UUGCAUACACAGCCGCCAGUCGACGUAGUUGCUUCGCUGUAGGCAUGGAGGGACGACUUAACGUGCCUGACAACACGUCGGAAGGGGGACUGGCAAGUCCGUCGCCGGUCCCCAAGAAGUCCAGAAAGAAGCUGGGAAGAGAUGAUCCAUACAGUGCCAGCAGGAUGAGGGGGAGGCGGAAGGACAGGAGCGCCUCCACAGCUGGGCAGGACGUGCUGGAGGGGGAUGCAGACAAAGGUCCAUACAGCUGUUCCGGGUUCUUCCAGUCGGACUUCGCGGAGUUGUGCCAGAGAGAAGACGUCGUGUAUGUUCCACAAAUCCUCCCCAGAGCGAGGCGUCCGGUGUCCCCGGGCCACACCCCCGACGGCAAGCCAGAGAGAGGCAAAUACAACAGCAAACAGCAGGCACCCCCGGAAAUACCAGCAGAGCCUUUGGUCGACGAGGAUGGCGAGCCAGUCGAGCCUCCUCCCAAGACAUACACCACGAAGGACAAGUUUGAGUACUUCAAACCAUCCAUACAGGUGGAGAUGGACAACCCUGACAAGUUGGACACUGUCACCGAAGUAUACAUCCGUGGGUGGAGGGUGGAUGAAUGCAUGAUGAACAUCUUCAAGCAGUGCUGGCCGGCCGUGGACCGUCUCCACACCAUCAACUUAUGGCAGGUCGGACUGACGGGACAGACUGUUGCCAUCUUGGCGUCCAUUGUGUCUGAAUGCGAAACCCUCAAGGACCUGAUCCUGGACGGUAAUAGCGUACAAGAGGAGAAUUGGUAUCAGCUGAUCGGAGAUGAUAGCAGCGUCCAGACCCUGUCCCUCCAGCACUGCUCCAUCACAGACACGGGGAUGGAGGGAAUCAGCAGAGCUCUGGGUACAGCCAAGCGGUUCAACACCAAGCUCUUGUCUCUGAACCUCACCGGAAACAGCAUCACAGAUGUCGGCGCGGAGCAUCUAGCACGGGGACUGAGGAUGAAUAGAAGGCUGAUGUCACUGUCACUGGCCAACAAUCGGAUUGGGGAUAUGGGCGUCAAGAAGAUUGCAGAGGCUCUGUCUCGGUUUCCUCUGACUCACGACGAGGUGGUGGAGCGGCGGCGGCUCAUCUCCGAGAAAGAGGCGGCGGAGAGAAACAAACCCUCAACCAACAGUCGCCGAGGGGACAGAUCCGGAACUGCCCGCAGCAACUCCCAGUCGGAAAGAGAUAAAUCCAAGCGAGACAACUCUCAAUCGGACAAGGACAAAUCAAAGCGAGAUAACUCUCAAUCGGACAAGGACAAAACUAAGAAAGACAACUCUCAGUCGGAGAAAGACAAAUCCAAGCGAGACAAAACUCCAUCUAAAAGGUCCAAGGAACCAAAGGUCAGGGAGGAAGAGAAAAGAGUCCCCCAGCGGAAGGAGAAGGUGCAGGAGAAGGAGAAGGUGCAGGAGAAGGAGAAGGAACCUCCCCAGAAGAAAGGAUUGUUUAAGUCGUUGAUUAAAGGACUGAUGAAACCUCCAGGAGGGGAUGGAAAGUCAUCCGGAAGGUCACGUGACAAAUCCAGAACAAGGAAGCUGACACCACAAGGAAACGAGGUAGCCGAAGUUGUGGUGAUCAUCAACCCGCUGAUGGAGACUGCUGAGUAUAUUCCUGAGUUGCAGACCCUGCUGAUGUCCGGAAACAGGAUCCUUGUCAAUCUCAAUCUUGCCAGGAACCGGAUCUCUGACGUUGGUGUGAUGGAGCUCACAAAAGCUGUGCAGUACCAGACGACCCUGAGUCUAGAGAAGAAGAUCUACUCCCUUGACAACAAGAAUACUGGCACAGGGCUUAUGCGGAUCUGUCUCCAUAAAAACAAAAUGUCCCCUGACAGUGAUGAGAUGAAGAAACUGAACGACUUGAUGGCAACAAAGCAUCCAUUUUACAAACCCCCAGCCACACCUGCUUCUUCAGUCGGGGGUACAGAAUAAAUGAUGGAUGACCCCCUGCAACAACCAUCCACCCCCCAUCCCCACAGCACUACCAACAUCUCUGCCUCUUCUGAGACACAGAUUGUAGAAGUGGUCGAUAACAUCCUUCUACCCCAACCCCACCCCACACAAACCCACCCACCCAUCCCCUCAAUCGUUGCUUCUUCUGAUGUAGCAGGUGUGACGAGUAACCUCUCCCAACCCCAAUUUAGUUUCAAGGUAAAUUUAUAUCAAUUGGAUGUUAAGCUUAGUGAUACGGUUGCAAUUUAAAUUUGAUUCACGUACGACUUAUUCCCUGUGUAUGGAAUUCAGAAGGUAUUAAACCAACACUUCUGAACGGAGCAUGGUAAGAUUUCAGCAAUUAUUACCGUACAUCAUACUGAAUGAUUUUCAAUUGUCUUAAAAACUAUGAAUACAGAAAAGACGACGUGUAUGGAGAAUGUUCGACUUUGUUGCGGGUCGUCGUGGCCUCUGAUGAUAUGUAUUUCUGUUGUUGAAAUUAAAUCGAUCCUACCAG